UGAUUCCCGAUCGGAUCGAUUCCCGAUCGGAUCGAUUCCCGUUUGGAUUGAUUCCCGGGGUCGAAGCUUUCCAGUAGGAAAUGGGGUUAUUUGACACAUGAAGAAGUCAAGUCAUGCUGUCUAAGAUACUCUCAGGUGACCUUCCUAACAAAGAACCGGACUGAUUCUCACAAAGACUGUGGCUUCUGUUCCUCUUCACAGCUGCACAACUGCCAUACUCCAAAUUCUGUGCAAUUUUCACAGUUGUCUUUAGGCUUUCCUUUGCUGCUUCUGAGGGCCGAAGGAUGCUCCUGAGCGCCGAUCAGAUCGCCCUGAUCGGGCAGGUGUUCGAAUCGUACGUGACCGAACAGCACCGGGGUCAUCUCCUGCAGAUCCUGAAGGAACAGGAUGAGGAUGCGCACUAUCCAGUCGUGGUGGACGCCCUGACCCUCUUUGAGACCAACAUGGAGAUCGGGGACUAUUUCAAUGCCUUCCCGAGCCAGGUGCUCCCCGUUCUGGACGGAGCACUGCGCAGGGCUGCCCUGGCCAUCCUGAACGGUGCUCCAGCCCCGGAGGAGCUGAGCAUGAAGCAGAAUCUUCACACCAGGAUAGCUGGUCUGCCCGUGUGCCCAGAGCUGACGAGGGAGCACAUCCCUAAAACCAAAGACGUGGGACACUUCCUGUCUGUCACUGGGACAGUCAUCCGAACCAGCCUGGUGAAGGUCCUGGAGUUUGAGCGGGAUUACAUGUGUAACAAGUGCAAGCACGUGUUCGUGAUCAAGGCUGACUUCGAACAACACUACACCUUCUGCCGCCCCACGUCCUGCCCCAACCCGGAAGGCUGCGGGUCCUCCAAGUUCACAUGCCUCUCGGGCUCGUCUGCCCCUGCCAGCUGCAGGGACUACCAAGAAAUCAAAAUCCAGGAACAGGUCCAGAGACUGUCUGUCGGAAGCAUCCCUCGCUCUAUGAAGGUUAUCCUGGAAGAUGACUUAGUGGACAGUUGUAAAUCUGGUGACGACCUGACCAUUUUCGGGGUGGUGAUGCAGCGGUGGAAGCCCCUCCAGCAGGCCGCCCGCUGUGAGGUGGAGAUCGUCUUGAAAGCCAACUAUGUCCAAGUGAACAACGAGCAGCCCCUGGGCGUGGUCAUCGACGAGGAGGUCCGCAGGGAAUUCCAACGCUUCUGGGAGCUCUACCAGAGGGAUCCCUUCGCAGGAAGGAAUACAAUCCUGGCCAGUCUGUGUCCCCAGGUCUUUGGCUUGUACUUGGUGAAGCUCGCCGUAGCCAUGGUGCUGGCCGGUGGGGUGCAGCGGACCGACGCCACAGGAACACGAGUCAGAGGGGAAUCCCAUCUCUUAUUGGUCGGAGAUCCAGGCACGGGGAAAUCGCAGUUCCUCAAAUACGCCGUAAAGAUUACACCGAGAUCGGUACUCACCGCCGGAAUCGGGUCCACAAGUGCAGGUCUGACUGUGACAGCAGUGAAAGACUCCGGGGAGUGGAAUUUGGAGGCUGGAGCAUUGGUGCUUGCAGAUGGAGGUCUUUGCUGUAUCGACGAGUUUAAUAGCAUCAAGGAGCAUGACCGGACCAGCAUCCAUGAAGCGAUGGAACAGCAGACCAUCAGUGUGGCCAAGGCUGGCCUCGUGUGCAAGCUGAACACCAGGGCGACCAUCCUGGCAGCCACUAACCCCAAAGGCCAGUACGACCCCAGCCAGUCCCUGGCGGUGAACAUUGCCCUGGGCAGCCCCCUCUUGAGCCGGUUCGACCUGGUCUUAGUCUUGCUUGACACCAGAAAUGAAGACUGGGAUCGCAUCAUCUCCUCCUUUAUCUUAGAAAACAAGGGUUGUCCAAACAAAUCUCAGAAGCUAUGGAGCAUGGAUAAGAUGAAAACCUACUUCUGCCUCAUAAAGCAGCUGCAGCCCACCCUGUCGGAUGAGGGGAACCAGGUCCUGCUCCGAUACUACCAGUUGCAGCGGCAGAAUGACUGCCGGAAUGCCGCCCGGACCACCAUCCGGCUGUUGGAGAGCCUGGUCCGGUUGGCGGAAGCUCACGCCCGGCUGAUGUUCAGGGACACGGUGACCGUGGAAGAUGCCGUUACCGUGGUGUCCGUGAUGGAAUCAUCUAUGCAGGGAGGUGGACUGCUGGGAGGGGUGAACGCCCUGCACACCUCCUUCCCAGAAAACCCCCUGGAGCAGUACCGGGUGCAAUGUGAGCUGAUCCUGGAAAAGCUGGAGCUGCCAUCCCUGCUGGAGGAGGAGCUGCGACGGCUGGACCGAUUGCAGAACCAGAAUUUUCCAUCCCCGUCUCCACCUGGAGGAGAGGAAGUGGGAACUGCUCCGAGAGUUCCUUCAGAGGCCCAAGAAGCCCAGGCUAAAACCCAAUUCUCCUCCUCCUCUUCCUCUGCCAGGGGGGCCGCUUCAGCAGCACCUGUCCCGGGCCCCGCACUUCCACCAGGAGACCCCGUGCAAAGGAGAGGCCACCGGCCUUCAGAGGUACACGAGGUCGGCAGCGGCGGCACCAGCCCGGCCUGGUUUGAUACCCCAGCUGGGGCCCGAGUCGGGUCUGGAAACGGCCACCCCGAGCCGCAGGGGGACCCACCCCCGGGGUCUGGGAAGAGGGUGACGAGCCAGGGACCUAAAGCAGAGACCUCCAGGAAGCAUCCGGCAACUGUGGUAAAUGCGGGUACUCCAAAAGGGAAGCAGGCGAGGUCCUCCCGGGUUGGCACAAAGGCCCAAGAAACAGAAAUGCUUCCAGAGGAGCGCCCAGAAACACGCCCAGAGGAGCCCAACCUGGUGCUCAGGAAACUUGGGCGGCUUCAGGGGGAAAGGGCUCUGAAGGUGGAGGCGGAUGCGCCGGACGCCCAGUCUGCUCCCUCUUCCUCUUCCCCGUCGGCAAAUUCCGCUCCCCCUCGCCUCAGCAACGCCUCGCCGGAGAGAGAAACGGCAACUUCCAGAAGAAAGAGAAAGAAAGACAGGGCUGGGGAAGAAGAAGAGGCAGCCCGGUCCCGGGGUCCAGAAGGGACUGAGGGGUCAGCCCCGUCGGCUAAGCUGGCCAGGUUUUCCUUCCAGCAGAGGGCAAAACUGGUCCAUUCUGCAGACGGCGGACAGGGUGAUUGCCUCCCCAGAGCCAGCGAGGCGGCCAGAGAGCUGCCUAGGUUGGGCAGCGGCACGGGGGAGAGAGAACGGCCAGGGGGAGAAAGUGGCCCACCUGGGCAGGGGCCGGAGAGGCCGACCCCAAGCUCCAGGAGCAGAAAGCGGGCUCCGAGACCCCGCGGGGACGCCCAGCACCCAGCUGUGGAGACGGAAGAGCAGAGAGGAGCCCAGGCCACUGGAAACCAGGUGGAGAAGCCUCUCCCUGCUGUAGAGAAAGGAAAACAGGGAGAGGGCCCCAGUAAGGUACGGGCCUGUACCCUAGUCAGAUUGGCAAGUUUCGCCUUCACGUCGCCUACCGAAUCAAAGUCAAAGGCCGGUUCGGAUGCCAGCGGGGAAGGCCGGCUUCCCGAAGUUCCUGACAGACCCGACUUAAGAAGGAAAACCUUCCAACUGGAGGGGACCUGUGAGAAACAAGCCAUUCCCGGAAAAUCCCUCUUCACCGUCACCGAGUCGGAUGAUGACGACGCAUUCGACUUCGACUGGGACGAUGAGAUGAGGCAGAACCCAAAGUCAUAAAAUGGACUUGUCUUCACCAAGUCCUCUGUCUCACCCGGACGCGUCUGCUCCUGGCUGGCUGCGGGCUGCCGUCCUGUCGGCUCCUGAAAGAGACCGAGGCCGGACUCCCCACUGGGUGUUGGGAUCAGAGUCCAUUCCCCCACCACCGCUCCACUGCAGCUGGACCUGUAGAUUCAGGACCUGUUCUGCAAAUGGAGGGAAGGCUCCAUGCGAUGUCAGCAGACAUCUCCUCCGGGCAUCCCUGUCCAACUGGGAACAGGGAGCUCCAAAAAACAGAGAGCUUCGUGGGCAGCCCCAAAUUCUCAGUCCCAGAGCCUGCACCCUUAACGUCUUGUCUGUUGACCAUGCUGGAACCCCGUGGCCCCUGGGACUUUUCUUUCUUUUCCAUACCUCUGGUCACAUUCCCGUGGGCACAGAUUGAUGUGGAGCUGCCUGCUUUUUAGCCUGGAACUCCUGCAUCUGGGCUGCUCUUUUAUUUCUCCCUGUCACCUCUCCUUCCCUCCAUUUGGGAAGGGAAGGGGAGGAGGGGAGAGCCUAUGAUCCAAUGUCAAACGAAUGCCCAGGUACCUCAGUCAGCUAGAACCUCCACCCGCAGCUGUAAGGCUACCAAAACAGAUGGAGCUUCCUCACCUCAACAAGAAGCGCAGUUUGUGCUCCCAAACUUGAAGUUCUUGGGGAACCAGCCCCAUGGGCUCAGGGGUGGAGGAGAAAUAGUCCAUUUCACUGCCUUGAACAUUGGAUUGAAAACAGGUUUCUUUCUCGGCAGCAAUGUGGCCUCUCUGAGAGCCCUCAGCAUUUCUUACCUUCUAUUUGAGCCCAAAAUGUUUCUCUUCCAGAGAAUGGCAAGAGUAAUAAGAUGUUCAUCAUGGGUCAGUCAGCUCAGGACACAGACCAUAGUGUGAACAGAAAACAUACAUCACCUGAAGGGCCGGGUGCUUCAUCUAAAAGGGAGAAAUGUUCCCUGUUUUCACUGAAUCAGCUUCGGUCAGAAAAUCUAUCAACCACUAGGGAACUCAUGGAAACCAUUUUGGGUAGUAAAAUGGCGGACCACUUGACUACAAAAAACUGAAUGGUAUAGACUAAAGAUUUCAGCUGCACUAUUCAUGCCCAGAUACCUAGAUAUGCUGAAAUUGUGGCACGAUCAAUCGGUAUUAGGGUUUAUAUUUUAUUUUAUUUUAUUUUCCACAAAUAAAGAGAGUAAAGAGC